CACAAACACACAUCCAGAUUGAGCUCCCAUUCCCUACAGCGGCACACCCUUCCCUGUCACCGUCUUCUGAGUUCGCGCGCGUCUCGCCCCGCCCUUUCCAGUCCGAGGCGCGGGGGACCGGAGACGCCGCUGCCGACGCCACGCCGCAGAGACGCCAGUGUCACGAGAGCAAGAGUGGUCCAAUCUGCUCGUUUUCAACGAGACACGACCUUCCCGAGUCCCACCAAGAGCUUCCCGCCAAGAGCUUCCCGCCAAGAACUUCUCGAGUCCCGCCAAGAGCUUCCCGCCAAUAGCUUCCCGCCAAGAGCUUCCCGCCAAGAGCUUCCCGCCAAGAACUUCUCGAGUCCCGCCAAGAGCUUCCCGCCAAUAGCUUCCCGCCAAGAGCUUCCCGCCAAGAGCUUCCCGCCAAUAGCUUCCCGCCAAGAGCUUCCCGCCAAGAUCUUCUCGAGUCCCGCCAAGAGCUUCCCGCCAAGAGCUUCCCGCCAAUAGCUUCCCGCCAAGAGCUUCCCGCCAAGAUCUUCUCGAGUCCCGCCAAGAGCUUCCCGCCAAGAGCUUCCCGCCAAGAGCUUCUCGAGUCCCGCCAAGAGCUUCCCGCCAAGAGCUUCCCGUUAAGAACUUCCCGCCAAGAACUUCUCGAGUCCCGCCAAGAGCUUCCCGCCAAGAGCUUCCCGCCAAGAGCUUCCCGCCAAGAACUUCUCGAGUCCCGCCAAGAGCUUCAGAAGUCCCGCCAAGAGCUCGAGUCCCGCCAAGAGCUUCCCGCCAGCGACUCGAGGACACAUCAGCAGGAUGCGCGUUUCCUUCGGCUUCGUCUUCACUGCAGUCUGGGUCUCCGCGGCCGUAACGCAGGACUACCAAGUUGCAGAUAUCAACUGCGAUUUCAGCGGCGACCCUGACGGCCUGGGCCAGGAGAGGCUCUCGGCGCGGCUCAAGAAGCCCCCGGCCUUCAAGGGGCACCCGAUCUUCGCCGACGACAGGAGGGCCGACCCCUUCAGCGACGGCGAGUGCCAGAUCCGCCAGGACGUGGGCGACGCGUCCGGGCUGGUGUAUAACCUGCUGGUGACGGACCUGACCAAGUGCGGCGUCGUCAGGAAGGAUGGAUACGUGAACCUCCGCGUGUGGUUCCCGCAACUCGAGGGCGUGGUGCUUGCCACCGACCAAGAGGUCAUCAUCAUGUGCAAGCCAGCCUCGCCGACCAUCAUCGAGAACCGAGCGGCCGGCUUUGCAGGAGCCCUGCCGUCGGUGGGGCGAGUGUCGGGCGUGGUGGAGGAGACUCCAGGGCGCCUGGAGUACGAGGUGGCGCUGUACCGAGAGGUCAAGGCCCGGGCGGGGGAGACCCACGCCCCGGUGGACCAGGCAGUACCCAUUGGGACUCGACUGCAACUACGCGCCAAAAUUAACACUCAGUCCACAUGGAAAUACGUGAAACUAAUGGAAGUGACAGUCUCGAGCGACCCGGCCGACCCGUACGCCCCGGGCCACGUGUCGCUGGUCAAGGAUGGGUGCCGACUGCCGGACUUCUCCUCGAUCGUGCCGCAUCAACCGCGACGCCCCAGCGAGGACACGGGCGAGGUCAGGCUCGACUUCGAGGCCUUUAUGCUGAACUCCAAGAUGGCCGGCUCCUCCCAGCUCUGGAUCCACGCCUCCGUCAAGGCCUGCAUCGACUCCAAGGACUGCCUCCCCGAGUUCUGCCUAGACCUCUUCCAGCCAUCAGGUCACGGUCGACGCCGGCGCCGAAGGACGACCUUCUACGCUGACGGCUUCCUCGAGGUGUCGGCUGCCCACAACACCUCGCUCUCCACGCUGCUCCCUUCGCGCCGCCCGAGCGCCCGUCGCCCGCCGCAGACGUCAGCCGCCCGCAACCAGGUUUCGGAAGGGAACGCCACUCUAAAUUUCCUCCCGGAACCCAAGGCCUUGUCUGCAAGCGCUCCGGGCUCCUCGGCGAAGAUCGGAGACAACAUUGGCGUUACUGUCAUUAUGCCAGAAGAAUUCUUCAGCAAAGCAGAAGCAAUGUACCAGUCCUGCGCCACAUUCAUGGUCCUCUCCAGUUUCCUGGGAAUUAGUCUAUUGCUGAGCGCGGGCUUCCUUUGCUUCCUCACAUCCCGGCUGCACAAAACAGUGGCACACGCCCACACCUCCAAUCUGGAUACGGUUAUCAAAGAGCAUCACCAUAAGUACGGCGUGAGAGACUUCCUGGACCCUCCUUUCCAAUGACAUCUCAUUCACCCAAGUUGCUUUUCUUUUUCUGUUUUCCGGUAAAUCAACAUGAUCUAGUGUUUCCUUAUACCAAGCCCUUGUUUGUUAUAUGUCAGAAACGAAAAUAACUUUAAAUUAAUUUGCUUAUGGGAAUUCGUGCAUGUACAUUUAUGCAAACGUACAGACAUGUAUAAGCUUUUUAAAAUAUGUAUAUUUGCAUAUAUGCACGUAUACACUUCUCACAUGAUGAAGGGAUGGAGGGAAAUAGUACACACGUGUGUGUGUGUGUGUGUGUGUGUGAGCACACGCACACACACCUACACAUACAUGCACACGCGCGUGUACACACACACACACACACACACACACACACACACACACAUGCGUGAGGGAGCGCAGGGGGGAUCUGGGUGAUUAUUGUGACAUAAAUAUACAUGUUUAUGGAUCAUAUACAAAAUAAAUAAAUACAAAAUGAA